UUGUCCCCGGGACCGCAGGAGAAGCUCAGAUAAAAGUGCAAACUUUGACCAUGGACUUGGGGCUCAACCUGGACACCGUCAGACCAGUUUUGGGGAAAUACCGUUCCUUUGUGGGGCGCUGCUGCCAAAAAUGCACCUCGAAGAGUUGGGGAUGUUUCUUUCACAAGCGCCUAGCUUCCAUGGGCUUUUGCAAUGCGAUCAACAUAACAGAAGAAAACACCAGGUACAGAGGCUGGCUUGUAAGGAGGCUGUGUCACUUCCUGACCGUGUGUGAAUGGAGGGUUUCUGCUGAAAUGCCACCCGAUCUCCAAGAAAGGCUCUUUCGCGCCCCAAGAGUGCAGGCGCUGGUCUCCCCGAAAGGCUCAGGGGACGCGCCAGGGACCUGCCUGGAGUGGACGAAAGAGAUCCGGAGAAUUCUCGGCCAGAUACAAGGCCGCCUCUCCCCUUUCCUCUUGAGACUUUGGGCUAAUACUCCGAUGGUUUUCCUUUCAACUCACAAGUCUCACCUGGAUGGCCUGUGGCUUCCACUCCUUUUGGUCUCCCAGGGUGUAGCCAUGCCACGAGUGGCUUGGGAAAACAAAACCUUCACCCCCACCUACAGGGCCUUGCUGGCUUCGCUGGGAGGUGUGUUCCUGCCCCAAGGAAUCGGGCAGAGCGGGGACCUCGAGGAAGGCGCCUUCUCCAGAGCGGUGGUGGCUUCUUACGUCGAAGAACUCCUCCUGACCAAGCAACCCCUGCUGGUCUUCUUGGAAGAGGUCUCCUCUGGGUCUCAGCAGCUCUCCCCCUCCGGUAGAGCCUGGCUGAGCUUGGUGCUCAGUGCUUAUUACACCAGGGCCAUCCCAGACAUCCUGAUAGUGCCCAUUGGCAUCUCCUAUGAGAGAACUCCUGACUGCAUUCACAAGGGGAAGGAGAGCCCCACCCGGACUCUUGGUCUCUGGACCACCGUGUGGUCUCUCUGCCAAGCUGCUUGUUGUGGACAGAGCUAUGUCCGGAUUGACUUUGCUCAGCCCUUCUCUUUGCAGGACUUUGUGACCAACCGGUGUUUCCGGCAAAGUGGCUCCAGGAAGCCCUUGAGAGAACUGCUCUUACCCGAAAUUCUCGGCAGGGGCCCCAGCAUUCUGGAUUGUGAGAAAGUGGAAUGUUGGCCUACGAGCUUUCAAGAUGUUGUGCCCCCGACCAGCGUAGACGAACAGGUUUUGCUGGACAAUUUGAGCCUCCACACUUUGAAUGCAGGUGUAUCGUGUUCGGCCAUCAUGGCAGUCCACAUCCUCGCUGCACUCCUGCUACACGUGCACCAAGAGGGAGUUUUUCUUUCUCGACUGAUGCAAGACUUCGUCUGGAUCACCGACGAAAUCCUGAUGCGUAACUAUGAUGUGGGUUUUUCUGGCCGGGUACGUGACGUGCUGUGGCACGGCCUCUCCCUGCUGCGGGAUUGCGUGACCCUCUACAGCCUCUCAUUGGGAGACAUCUUGGUGGUGCCCAAGAAGACCGAGGCGGCCCUCAGGGAGCUGGGUCACCACAGCACGGCCGUCUUGCCGGUCUUCAUCCAGGAAGCUAUCGGAGCUUGUUCCAUCAAUGCUCUUCUGAUGGAGGUGCUGCCGUAUUUGGGAAGCCCUGAGCAGCUUGGGAAUUUCGUCCUGGCCCACGAAGAACUCCAUAACAAGUCUGUCCUGCUAGUUCAGCUGUUGCCCAAAGAUUUCCUUCUGCGCCAGCCUUGCGAGUCUGUGCACUACUAUUGUCAGCAUGCUGUGGACAAGCUGGUGGAGUCUGGACUGCUGGUGGCCGAGGAGGUGCCCAGCGAUUGCUUCAUGUGUGACACCACCCAGAAGGGCUUCACCGAGAAGUUUCUAUGGAAGGCAGCGGAAGAUUUUGUCGACAUUGAUGGCCAGGACGAGGCUGAGAAGCAAUGCUUUAAAGUAAGUCAAUCGGAAAGUUGUUCCAACCUUUUUGUCUUCCUCUGUGGCCUCCUGGGCCCUCUGCUGAAGACCUUGGAGAGAGCCAUCGUCUUCCUUCAAGAACAGGAUUUCCCUCAGCCAGAAUCUCAGUUCAUGGAGAAGCUGGAGCGGGAAUUGGUGAGGUUGGCACGAGAGGACGGUUCUUUUGAAUGUGCCAACGGGAGCUUGGUGGCCACGUCUGUUCGCAUCUGCAAAGAAUUAGGGGUGUUCAAGGAAGUGACGGAAGACAAAGGGCCUCUCCUUCAUCUGUCUGACACUUUCACUGCCCAAGAAAACCAAAAAAAGCUGGAGAAAUUCAUUCACCAGUUUAUCUACUAGAUCCUUUUGGCAGGAUCUUCCUUGGACAGGCAGGCGGCUUCAGAAACCUGCCAGAGAGAGGCAGGUUCUUCCUCACCUGUCUGUUUGGGCCGUCGUUCUUGUUUUGUUGGUUCUACUUUUGAAAUGUUGUUUUCCGGGAAGGGGGAAUUUUGAGCAAGGCAACAAGGGCCAGUUAGGUGAAUAAAAUCAAUUUAAUCCUGGAGCGUGAUGAGUAAAUAGUGCGGUUUGUAGCGUAUUUGUAUUAAAAGACCAUUUACCAAAAAAAUUCCAUUUAUGAAACAAGGAACAGUCAGCAGGAAGGAAAGCGUUUUUUUUCUUCCUU